UUUCAUAACCUUUAUAAAUUUUAUUAGUUUUCUCAAAAAUUACUAUCAAAGAAAUUGUCAAAUAUCGUCUGUAGUUUUAGUUAUAAUGUCUUUUGCACGGAUAUGUUACUUUCGAGCCUUGUGUAACGUUGAAAGGAAUUCUCUGAUAUUUCGGAGAUUCAACUCUCGAAAAACUGUAAAUCUUCAGGAUCCAGCGGUUCAGAAAUAUCUAGGAUAUUUAAUGGUAGAACAUGAAAAUCUUUUGGUGAAGAUGCGCGACGCGGAGCAGUCAAGGCGCCUGGUGGAGAUUAAGCCCGUCGUUUCCGCGCUCGAACAGAGAAUUUUCUUAUAUGACAGCAUCGAUUCGCUGAAAGAACUCAGUAAAAAGGAAGGUGACGAUGAAAUGAAAAAAAUGGUAAAAGAGGAAGCCGAAAUAUAUUUAAAACGUCUUAAGGAAAUUGACCAAGAGUUACAAAACGUUCUUUUAGCACCGUUUUUAACGCAGGGCGGUGUUUUACUGGAAGUGACGGCAGGCGCAGGCGGCCAAGAAGCUAUGCUAUUCGCCAAAGAACUAUUCGAAAUGUAUGAACACUACUCUAAUUACAAAGAAUGGGAAGUUACUAUUGCGUCCCUUGAAAAGUCCGAUAUUGGGGGUAUACGUAAAGCUUCAAUGCUUAUUGAGGGAUUUGGCGUACCAGAGUUGAUGCGGGUUGAAGCUGGUGUGCAUAGAGUGCAGAGAAUCCCUGCCACUGAGAAAAGUGGGCGCAUUCACACUAGCACCGUGACUGUAGCCGUGUUGACACAACCUACAGAUGUUGAAAUUAACAUACCUGAUAAAGACCUGAGUAUAGAAACAAAGCGGGCAAGUGGUGCCGGUGGGCAGCAUGUUAACACAACUGACAGUGCAGUACGCAUUACUCAUAUUCCUUCUGGCACUGUAGUGGAAUGUCAAGAAGGAAGAUCACAAAUAAAGAAUAAAGAAAUAGCCAUGCAGAAGUUAAGGACUCUUCUGUUAGAAAAGCAACAUGAAGAACUGGCUUCAAAAAUUAAUAGUGAACGAAGAUCACAGGUGGGCAGAGGCAAUAGAAAUGAAAAGAUCAGAACCUACAAUUACCCUCAGGAUAGAGUUACAGAACACAGGGAAGGUGGAGGCACGCAACACAGUCUGAAAACCUUCAUGGAGGGUGGAGAACAGCUGGAGAAAUUACAAGAGAACCUAAUACGUGAACAACGGUUUCAAGACUUCAUGGAAAAUAUAAAGGAUUUCAAUGCCAAGACAACACCAGAAAAAGAUGGAAAAGCUGAAGUGGUUUAAAGUUAAUGUGAGUAAAAUUCUCGUGUAAAUAUUAAUAGGUAACAGUUUAAAUAUUGUAAGAAAAGAAGACAUUUUGUGGUUCCAAAUAUUUGUGUAUAACAUUUAAAAUGUGUAAAUAUCAAAUAGCAAAGUUUCAUAUAAUAUGUAGGUACAUUACAUGUUCAGCUGUUAACUCAUUGAUGGGCAGUAAUGGCGUUUACCGUGAAAUUAAAUAUCAAAAUAUUAUAGUAUGGAGUGCCCUGUCAUGUAUGGAUCUUUAAAAGUAGUUGCCGCCUACAAUGCCACAUUACAGCACAAAAAAAAUAGUAACAGUUUUGUGUAUUUACUAUUUACAUACUGUCCAUGAACGUGUUAAGACCAUUCUAAAUGUUCAUUAUUUUUUAUGAAGUAAAUGGAAACAAAAUAUUGAUACAAUAAAUAUUUUAUUUUGUACCAAAUAAAUAAACACAUUUUACAAGAAAGUAAAUAGAUCACAUCUAAAUUAAAUAGACUAUACUGUA